AUGGAUCUGCGGGGGAGAAGCGACACCGUGUGGAGGAUGGCGGGACUGCAGGAGGAGAGGGGGAGAGGAGAGGGAGAGGAGAGGGAGAGAGAGGGAGAGGAGAGGGAGAGAGGAGGGGAAGGAGAGGGAGAGAGGGGGAAAGAAGGAGACAGAGGGGGGAGAGAGAUGGAGAGAGAGGAGGGGAAGGAGAGGGAGAGAGGGGGAAAGAGGGAGACAGAGGGGGAGAGAGAUGGAGAGAGAGGAGGGGAAGGAGAGGGAGAGAGGGGGAAAGAGGGAGACAGAGGGGGAGAGAGAUGGAGAGAGAGGAGGGGAAGGAGAGGGAGAGAGGGGGAAAGAGGGAGACAGAGGGGUCUUGGAUCCGCUCCUAUUUUGUUUGUGAAGAAUCCAGUAGAGAUGGACUCUGCUCUUCUGCUCACGGUCACCUGCGCCUGUCUCUCUCCAGGGUUGUUCUGGUCCUAUGUGCAAGACACGGACACACAUGGUGAGAAAUGCUCAGAAGACCACAUAGUCACGUCCACGUACCUCUGUUUGAGAACCACAGGAGAAACCACCACAUGUCAGAGGUAA